UAUAACAGCCACUGGCUUUCGGCUGCCGACCUCGAAACAUAGGACACAAGAGGAUGGGAAAGAAGGACAAUUCAAAUUUGGCCUUGGUAUUUAUUUUGCACAUGGUAAAAAGGCAACGGAAUACGGACAUAAUGUGUUGAUAUUAACAGACUGUGUGUUAGGUCGAGUACGAGAAAUGAAAGCGUCGGACACUGAUCUUACUGCACAAAAAAUGCAUGAAUCUAGUUAUGACACUGUGUAUUUUAAAAAUGAUGAGAGCGGCUUAGUUAAUCAGGAAUGGACUGUGUACCGUAGUGAGCAAUGUCUGCCGCUUUGUAUCAUUGAUUAUGAUAUUAUCGAUGAAAGUGACACAAAUGAAAAGAGAAUUAUUGAUAGCAUUCUACAAAUGGACGUUUGUGAGCCAGAUCAUGCGCUUUUAAAACAAGCCGUUCGUGGAACAGACAAUCAAUGUAAAGCCGCACUACAAUACAUCGGUGAUGUUGCCCGUAUUUUACAACCGUUCGCAAUUAUCAUGCUACGACAGUUAUUGACCAGUAUUGGGCACACGAAAGUUCAUGAAUUGUUAAAACAUCAAAAUGAUACUAUUCGUAUUUUAUUUUUACGAGCGCUUUGGGUUACGGGUCGUCAUGAUGAGUCAUCUCAAAAAUUUUUUCACAGCGUAAUAAAUAUUAAUAUAUUAAUUGAAUCGUUGAAUUCGACAUACGUUGAUAUUGCAUGGCGUGCGUGUGGUGUUAUUGCGAAUUUGGCAUCAUGUGUCGUUGACAUUCGUCGACUUUUAACGUUCGAUUCAGUCAUCAAUCAAUUAUUAGGACUUUUGAAGCGUGGCAUGCAAAAUACAGACAAAUUGUGUAUCAUAACCGUCCUUAAUCUAUUCGCUAAUAUAACCUGCUCAGAAUACAAAAGUAUGAAAGAAAAACAACAGUUAUUGAUUUCUAUUGAUCCACUGACCGAUCACCACGAUGAAAUGAUUCAAGAAGCAGCCAACCGGUUCUUCUGUAAUAUUAUUGGCAAGGGUACUGUUACUCCUGACUGGACAAAGGCCGGGUACAAAGACACGAUGAUGGCACCUGACCUUGAGUAA